AAUGGCUAAAGAUUCAUAUGGGAUUGCAUCUCGUCAACUCGUGAUGAAAUUCCUAGCGGAUAGUUAUCAUUCAGACGCUUAUACCACGACCACCAUGUCCGACAACAGAGGUGAAAUCCAGUUCGUCCAUUCAUCCCGCCUUGGACUCCCUAGAGUAGCAUCGGCUGAAAUGCACCGCCGUGUUCACUCGCAUGCAGCCCGGACAGCACAUGCCAAGGCGAGGCGAGAGAGACUCGUCAAUUACCAGGCCCUGAAAGCUAGUAGUAAUUCGGAAGAUGGAAGGCAACCAUUCAACAAAGCGACUACUAAGGUAGAGAUAGCCGUCAUAUCAAGUCCUAUUAGCCUCCUAGAGUCCUAUCGGAGAGAUCCCUUCGCAAGUUUCGCUAGGCCUCUCAACCCGAUGGAAGAUUUUCUCCUCAACUACUACAUGCAAAAUGUUGUACCGUGUUCAGAUCUACAACGCAGUAAGAUCAACCAUCCGGGAGAUCAUACACAGCACCUCAACAGACAGUUCGUACAACUUGCCGCUACCCAUGCUAGCUCUCUAGAUGGUCUUUUCCUGGUGACAUGCCGCCACCUAUCGCAAUGUCUACCGCACGAGGAGCUAUACUUUAUUCAACUUGCUCUUCAAUAUAAAGUCUCUUGUGCGCGGUCAUUAAUAGAGGCCAUAUCAGCUUUGGGGAUGCGAUCUUCGAUUAGUGAUUCAAUCGUUACAUUAGCUAUAUUCCUAGCGCAAGACGAAAUUUUGAUCGGCGAUAUUACUUCGACUAAAAGACAUCUAGAGGGUGCAAUCCAGAUGGUAAAGCAUAACCGGGCAUUAAAGAAGACAAAAUUCAGUGUAUUUCUUUAUAAUCUUGUUCAAAAAGACAUCGCAAACUCUAGCCUUAUAUAGCUGGUUAUAUUACUUUACUAGUUAUAAUAUUAAUUAAGUAUAAAAUUAUACAUUA